UUCAUGCACACCGUCCCCGCAGUCCUCCGCACUCACAGCCGCUACCUGCAGCAGGGAUGGACGUCUGUUUCGGUGCUCCGAGCUCCAUCCUCAGCCCCGCGGAGCCUCGGGAGAAGCCAGGCCCGACAUGACAGCUGCUGACCGGGAGAAGAAAGCCCGCCGGCCGCCGCGGCUCACCGCUCGGCCGGAGGCUGCGUGGGCUGCGGGUCGGUACGCCGUGCUGGCCGCUCUGUGCGCACUCUGCUACGGCAACUCUCUCCACGGGGAGCUGGUUCACGACGAUGUGUGGGCUAUCAUCAACAACCCGGACGUCCGACCGGGCUCUAACCUCGGAAACAUCUUCAGUAACGACUUCUGGGGGAAGAGGAUGGCGGACAACACGAGCCACAAGUCCUACCGACCGCUGUGCAUCCUCAGCUUCAAGUUAAACAUCCUGCUUGGUGGCAUGACUCCUCUCUACUUCCACAUCGUCAACGUGUGUUUGCACUGCGCGGUCACCUGCCUGCUCAUGCACACCUGUGAGCGCUGCACUUUCGAGGACUCACGGCUUGCCUUCGUCACUGCACUCUUCUUCGCUGUGCAUCCAGUGCACACAGAGGCUGUGUCUGGGAUCGUGGGCAGAGCUGACGUCUUGGCCUGUCUCUUGUUCUUGUUGACGUUUCUCUCCUACAUCAGGAGUGUGGGGGUGUGCGUCUCCGAGGACUCCUUCCCCCCCACUGUGUCUCCGUAUUGUCUCCUCAUCAGUUUGUUGCUCGGUACCUGCGCCAUGCUGGUGAAGGAGACGGGCAUCACAGUGUUCGGCGUGUGCGUGCUGUACGACGCCCUGGUGCUCUGCCGCAGGCCGCUCAUCCAUCACGUGUCGGGCUCUGGACUCAGGGACCUCCUCCACAUCUGCAGUCCCUUCAUCAAACGAGCAGCACUUAUCACCACCUACGUGGUGCUCAUCAUGUCAGUCAGGCUGUGGCUGAUGGGAGGAUCCAUGCCGCUCUUCUCUGAACAAGACAACCCCGCUUCCUUCUCACCUCACCUGCUCACCAGGGUCUUGACCUACUCCUACCUGCUCUCCUUUAACGCCUGGCUGCUGCUUGCCCCUGUUGUGCUCUGUUAUGACUGGCAAGUGGGCAGCAUCCCCCUGGUGGAGUCCCUGGGUGAUGUGCGAAACGUGGCAACAGUGCUGCUGGCCUUGGUGAUGCUCGCUCUCUGCCUGCACUGCAUCUUCUCUCUGCAGAAACAGGAGAGCAGAGAGGUGCUGGUCGGUCUGCUGUUCCUCGUCUUUCCCUUCAUUCCUGCCAGCAACCUUUUCUUCAGGGUGGGCUUCGUCGUGGCCGAGAGGGUCCUCUACAUGCCUAGCAUGGGCUACUGUAUCCUGGUGGCUCACGGUCUAGGCCGGCUGUGCUCCGUGGUUGGUCGUUGGGGCACCACGGUCCUCAGUGUCUCCACGCUGCUGCUGCUCGUCCUCUUCUCCUGGAAGACCGUCCAGCAGAACCACGUCUGGCUCUCCAGGGAGGCCCUCUUUCGCUCUGGUAUCCAGACUCUGCCUCACAAUGCCAAAGUCCACUACAAUUACGCCAACUUCUUGAAGGACACUGGGCGACACCAGGAGGCCAUCCACCACUACACCACUGCCCUCAGGUUAUACCCCCGUCACGCCAGCGCCAUGAACAAUUUGGGCACACUGACUCGAAGCCCUGAGGAGGCGGAGCAAUACUACAGGAAAGCUCUGGACAUUAACCCCCAGCAUAACCGAGCUCUGUUUAACCUGGGAAACCUCCUCAAGUCCCAGGGGAAGGAGAAAGAGGCUGAGACUCUGCUCAGAGAAUCGAUACGCUUCGGUCCACAUUUUGCGGAUGCUUACUCCAGCCUGGCAUCUCUCUAUGCUGAGCAGAAACGCUUUGCAGAGGCCAAUGAAGUGUAUCUGAAAGGUAUCGAGAACUGCCCAGACAGCUCCGACCUUCAUAACAACUAUGGGGUGUUUCUGGUGGACACAGGAGAGGGCGAGCUGGCAGCUGCUCACUACCAGCAAGCUGUGAAGCUUAAACCUGCACACUAUGUUGCCAUGGUUAACCUGGGUCGCCUGCUCAGAUCGUCCAAUGAGAACAAGGAAGCAGAGUCCUGGUACAAAAGGGCGCUACAGGUGACGAGGAAGGUAGACAUCCUGACUCCGCUUGGCGCUCUUUACUACAACACGGGACGCUACGAGGAGGCGCUGCAGGUGUACAGAGAGGCUGCCGCCCUGCAGCCAAACAGCGCCGACAUCUGGCUGGCUCUGGCUCAGGUUUUAGCCAUGGCCGGUCGAACCAAAGAGGCAGAGAAGAUGACGCAGGACAUCAUAUCGAGAGAAGGAAGUUGUAUCGAAUGUUAUCGCCUGCUUUCUGCAAUCUACAGCAAGAGAGGAAACUACACAGAGGCUCUGGAUGCCCUGGACCGAGCCCUGCAGCAGAAUCCCAGCGAUCUGACAGUGAGAGCAGAACUGUAUUUCUCCAAAGGAAACCAGCUGAGAGAGAUGAACCAGUUGGACAGAGCCUUCGAGAGCUACAAGCUGGCUGUGGAGCUCAAACCUGACCAAUCACAGGCCUGGAUGAACAUGGGAGGAAUUCAGCACAUUAAGGGAGACUAUGCAGCAGCCAGGAUGUACUACCAGCGCGCCCUCCUCCUUAGCCCCGGCUCCAAACUCCUGAAGGAAAAUCUUGCCAAGUUGGACCGGCUUGAGAGGAAACUGACAGGGGGAGCUUAGAUAACGCCGUCCGCCAGACGCUGCACCCUCCUGGGCAGAGAUCAGGGGAGCAAGGUGCCUCCCCAUCCCGCACCUCUGGAGCCCAAAAACCAGCCGAUGGGCUGCUGGUACCUGGUUACUAUGACAACCUGCAGUUAGAGCAGAGGACGAGAGGGAAUGUAAAUGAGGUUGGGGGGUCAAAGAGACUGGUCCGACCACAGACGCCUUUCCCGGGUGAACAGAGGGUAAACGGCUUUUCGUGGACCGCCGGGACGCCCCGUCUACAUCAGCUUUACUCCAAAAUGCACAUACAGCUGUGUUUGAUUGAUUUGUUAUUUUACCUUCACAUGAAGUUACUCACUUUAAGGCACUUAAAGACAGAUUAUUAUUCAGCCCUCUUCUCUGCCUAUGAGAAUUAUUCAUGUAUUUAUAUUAGUGCAGUGAAAAUGUGUGGAAAAUGUGAGCAUGAAGGGAACUAGCAUCGAGGUGAAGGCUAGAGCAGUAGGCUUAAUGAAAUAAUUUAAUUAAAAAGUCAUCGCAGGAACAAUCUUUUCAUUUCUUAUUUUGAUUGGGCGUUUUUUUCAAGCAGAUGUCAGACUUUCUUUGGACAUAACUGAUUAAACCUUAAGCCAAUCAGAGAAAUAAAACACAUGAAAACUAGGCUAGUUAGCUAGGUCAAUCAAAAGUCAUGUAAUUUCCAAAGCAUCAUUAUACAUGGAUCAGUUAUGACCAAACACUUUCCUUCAUACCGAGGCUGAAUAACUGCUCUGGGUAUUUCCUGCUGAUGCAAAAGCAGUGUCUUUGAUCAUUUCAAGGCGAGCACGCCCCUGAGAAAGAGUUACACUUGUCCAGGGAUUAAAGGCCAUUGCCAUACUAUGUAUGGUAGACAAGCUAAUGGCCACAUAACAUUCAUUUUAAUCCCACCUAUUCCAUCCAACAAAAAACAGUCCUAAAGUUAUAAGAUUGUAAGUCUUAUGAUAAAUAUAACAAGGUUUAAAGCAGCUUCUUUCUCCUUGGAUAUAAACUGUUCAUCUGACCUCCAUUUCCAGAGCCGACCACAGAAGAAGAGGCGACCCGUCUGCAGGUUUAAUAAGCUCUGCGCCCGUGUGAGGAGCCGCCUUCUUUACCUCUGAAGAUUGCUGCUUUGGUUGCUCGUUGUGAUUUUGUUGACGGUGAUUUUGAUUGUGAACGCGUUUUAUUGUGGAAUGACUUUGGAAUGAAAAUGAAGUGACCGGUGCAAUGACUUAAUUGCACCUAGAAAAUAAAGUAUAUGUUUU